AAGCAGACAACAAUGCAUAUGAUCACAUCUUCGUUGUCAUAAAAACGUAUUUAUAUUAAAUUUCAGUAUUCUUGAAAUAGCUUUUGUGUGUUCCGACGCGCAAUAUCGUGGCACGUCUGGCCGUGCGUAAAACAAUUCAAGGAAGAAGAAGUGUAGCAUGAAGCCCUUAACUGGGGUGGAAGCAAAAAGCAUCCCCCGCCGAUGUACGAGUGUACCCUGAAAGCAUGACACAACAAACCCCGCUGGGAAAGUCGGUGAACGAGCAGCGAGAGCCUCGGCGGUCCCCCUCCCGGUGUCAAAGCAUUUUGCAUAGUGACUUCCGCCCCCGGUAGCUUUUUUUCUUCAGCCAGUCUGCAUCAGCCGGGGCAAGAGCAGCUGAUACGACAUGAGGAUCCUGUAUCACCCCGAGCUGCCCCUCUCCCCUAACUUCAUUUAGAAAGUACGCCGAUGUGCCGUCUGACUCAUGUAGGUCGCAGAAGGAUUAAGAGGGAACUGUGGAAGACGUGUUUUUUUCUUUCAUGAAGCGACUGGAUUUGUUACUAUCAUGUGAAGAGGAGGCGGACCGAGGAGACACUUCUUCAAUAUGCUGAGGCUGUGGUGUGUGUUUGUACACUGUACGUGGAAGUACAGAGACAGUUCCCAGCCAGCAAACAGGCCUACGUAAGGAUUUAACAGCGCACUUGUUCAAUUUUGAAGCGCGUCAAGGGAUUUUAGUGUCGUUUUUGUAUGCUUUGUUUUGGACAGGGAAUUCCUCUACACCGGGCUGCAUUCUUGCCAAGCCGUUUGCAUUCAUCACACGUAGCUUGUGUUUUCCUCCACAUAUAUAUUUGUCGUUUCUUAUUUCUAACGCGGUAGAUAAGCGGCAUGGGGGAUUUGUCCAUCAUCUAGCAGCAGGCGCCCCUUUCAAAUAGCCAGCAAUGCUGAUUAGAAGCUAUUAGUUUUUAUACCGGGGUCUUCUUUCAAACUAGUUUGCCUUGCCAAUGACCCACGAUGAACUAUUAUUUCGUAGGCAUCUUUCACGCUCCUGUGCGGUUUUGUGCCAAGAUUUAUUUCUAAUCAUUUAAUUGUAACUGCGUUUUUAAGUUGCUGCAUUAUUUGUUCGCUAGUAUUUCAUAAUCUUUGCCCAGUAAGACAUUUUUGACUUGCUGAGAAGACUGACACAAUCAUAUUAUUCGUGGGUGCCCAGAACCCAUCUCCCCACCUCCACGGAUUGGAUUUUUCUAGAUUUUUGUUCUUUUCCAUCAUGAGUUACAUCCACACGGUGGUGAACAUACUGCUACGUGGACUCGUCAUCUAUGCGGUACUGGGCUUGGAGUGCACUUACUCGAAUGAUCUACCCAGCCAUUCGUCUGAAGCUGCGAAUGUGGCCGUCACAGAUCCCUGCCUUAUAGUGAUGCCACCAUGUAUGGGCGAAGCAGACCGCUUCAGUCUGGAGGCCCUCCGCCACAUCCACAAACAGCUGGAUGAUGACAAUGACGGAGGGAUAGAAGUCAACGAGAGUGUGGAGUUCAUUAGAGAAGACAUGAAGCAACAGCAAACCAACAAGCAUAGCGUCCUUCACCGAGAGGAUCAGCACAUCACGGUGGAGGAGCUGUGGAGAGCUUGGAAGAUAUCAGAAGUGCAUAACUGGACGAAUCAGGACACAGUGCAGUGGCUGAAGGAGUGUGUGGAGCUGCCUCAAUAUGAGAAGAACUUCAGGGACUUCAGAGUGACUGGGAACACCUUACCUCGAUUAGCAGCAAAUGAACCGUCCUUUUUAUCGAUGCAGUUGAAGAUAAUAGACCAACGGCAUAAACAAAAGUUAGUUUUAAAAGCGCUGGAUGCUGUGCUUUUUGGUCCCCCUCAACGCCCACAACACAACUGGAUGAAGGACUUUAUCUUGAUGUUUUCCAUUGUGAUCGGAGUGGGCGGGUGCUGGUUCGCCUAUGUGCAAAACAAGUCCAGUAAAGUGCACAUUUUUCAGAUGAUGAAGGACCUGGAGAGCCUGCAGCACGCCGAGCAGAGCCUCCUCGAUCUCCAGAGUCGGCUGGAGAAGGCCCAGGAGGAGAAUCGCACUGUGGCUGUGGAGAAGCAGAACCUGGAGCAGAAGAUGAGGGACGAGAUCACAGGAGCGAAAAAAGAAGCGCACCGUCUGAGAGAGCUGAGAGAGGGCGCCGAGUGUGAGCUUAGCCGAUUGAAGUACGCAGAAGAAGAGCUCGUCCAGGUGCGGAAGGCUCUAAAGCGCGCGGAGAAGGAGAUGCAGUCUGAGCGCUCAGUCCCAGAAGCUCUGCAGAAGUGGCUCCAGCUCACACACGAGGUGGAAGUGCAGUACUACAACAUCAAGAAACAGAGUGCGGAGUUCCAGCUUUGUGUGGCCAAAGACGAGGCAGAGAAAAUUAAAAAGAAAAGAGGUUCAGUGUUUGGGACUCUUCACGUGGCGCACAGUUCAUCCCUGGAUGAAGUCGAUCAUAAGAUUUUAGAAGCAAAGAAGGCCCUGUCUGAGGUCACAGCCUGUCUCCGUGAGCGUCUCCAUCGCUGGCAGCAGAUAGAGAAGCUGUGUGGGUUUCCUGUGGUGAAUAACUCAGGUCUGCCUAGUCUGACGGCCAGCCUGUACUCGGAGCACAGCUGGGUGGUAAUGCCCCGUGUGUCUGUGCCACCCUAUCCUAUUGCAGGCGGUGUGGAUGAUCUGGACGAAGACACGCCCCCCAUCAUGCAGCAGUUCACUUACAAAGUCAAUGACAAAAAGGAGCAAAAAAAGGAGCAAAAAAAGGAGCAGAGGCAAUGUUCUCCCAGUAUGAUGCGCCCUCCUCUGACCCGUAACAGCAGUGUGUGUCGCUCACGUCGCAGUCUUCUCUCCUCACAGCAGUCCUCCCUCCUCUCCCCCGACCCCGACCUCCUCUCCAUGGCCGGCUCCACUCUCUCCUAUCACCCUGAGACCGAAGACGAGCACAUCAUGUUCAGCACAGAUAGGAGAGGGGAGGCACUUCCAGAGUGCAGCUCGGACACAGACUCCCUGAGCUCUAUGGGACGUAAGCCGUACCAGUGCCCCUGCUCUAUGGGCUCGGAGACCCCAUACAGGAAGAUCUCCCGUGAGGAGCUGCUCUUGUACACUCAGAGCCAGGAGCCUGUAGCGUCCAGCCCCACGUCCAGCAGCAGCAGGGACUCCACCCCCCCUCCCGCCACCAGCCCCUCCGGCCCCCCCUCCACCAGCCCCUCCCCCGCUCUUGAGCACCACCCCUUUGCACAGAGCCCCACCCCCGACCUCACCUGCAUCAUCCCAGAGUCCCACAGUGCUCCUCCCACCCAGAGCGGGAAGGGCCUGUACAACGGCAUGCUGGAGAAGUCGUACAGCUUCAGCCAGCUCCCCCCCAGCAUGCUGCCCCCCGUGGGCCGCUACCCCUCCCUCACCUCUCUGGACUCAGAGGGCCGCAGUGUGGGCCGAGAGUACAAGCUCCCCAGCACCUCCUCCCAGGACUCCUGCGACAACGGGGACAAAAUCAAGCGCUCCUCAUCCAAAAUCAAAUCUUUAUUUAAAAAGAAGAAAUAACGGCGCUCACAGGGCGGAGGUGUUAGCACUGAUGUUUGAGGGACGCGGUCACUGUAAAACUCAACAUGCUCUCUUGGUUAUCAGAGAUGAAUGUAGCUCAGAGUGGAGCAGCCCCACACUCACGGCCUUAUUUAAUAUUGCCUUUGAUUACGUUCAUUCAGCCUCACAGGGAGAGCCUGCAAAGGUCAAACUAGUGUCAAAGAAAGGUCAAGGGUCACAUUUGCACAAGACACGUUCAGUUGAUUUAGUUUGAACCAAAAGCCACUGUGUUGGGUCGAAUGGUGUUUACUGCAGAGACUGUGGAUGAGUGGGGAGUUGUUUGUUAAAGAUUUAAAGAUGACGAAUUAUUUUACUAAGUUAUUCUUCACCCUUUUUCAAUGAUCUGUAUUGUCCAGUGUUUCGCCGUGGCCUUCAUGUACUUGACUCAUUUCUUUGAAACAAAGGUCUGUUGCACUACUGCUAUCCCAGAUUUCUGGGAAAGUUGAAGUUUGGAGGAGCUGACAGGAGCCCCCUGCCCUCUCCUCCUCUCUGUAGACUUCUAGUGACUUUGUUUUCACUACAUUUUGUUCUUAGAUGUUUUACAUAGAUUUUUAUUGGUGAUGAGCUAAAGGUUGUUGAAUAUGCAGAUUUUACCAAUCAGUGAGUACAUUACGUCCAAUGUAAUCGAGCUGACCUUUACUACUUGAUUAACUGCAUCCUGUAGCCAUAUCUCCUCCAUUUUUGUCUUAAGCUCCUAUUCCCUUCAAACUCAGUGUUACAACCAGAGUCUGGACAAAUGUUCACACAAUAAGGAAUUACAUUUAAAAUCAAGCACUAGAUAAAAGCUGUGUCUUUGUUCAGUGCUCGAGGGGGAACGUAAUACAUUUUAUUGAUGCAAUCACAGUAAAAAGUUGUUAAAACCACUGUAUCUGACUCUGGGCUUGGUGCUGUGACAGUAAGUGGCAACUCUGCAACUGAGACAGCAAAUUAAACAAAUGCAAAAAAAAACAAAAAAAAAAACUGUCCUUGUAGUACAUAGUGAGGUGAGUACUGAGGUUGUUACGAUUUAGGUCAGAACAGCACCACGGACUUCCAUGUUUUUGAAUAGUUGUGUACACAAGGAAAGCAAGUGUAUUUUCUGUAAGAGUUGUCAGUUCUUACUUUUGAACAUACCAUAGAUCUAAAAUAGUAAGACGUAGAUAUCCUAAAAUGGUGCUUGUAACUAGGCCUCUCAUGAUACUAAAACUCGAUUUCGAUACUAAGGAAUAAGGCUCGAUACUUGAUACAGAUUUCCAUACCACAAUGAUAACAGUAUGACUCUUUCUAGGCAAUAGAAAUGAAUUUCCAACACAAAAUAAUAAUUACCAUGUGGUCUUAUACUAGUUUUGAUAACGCUAGUAUAAGACAGCUUGAAGGUGCACUGUGUAACUUUUCCGCCACCUACUGGUCUCCAUGGAGAUAUUGUUAUGCCUUGAUUAUUGCACAGUAUGGAAAUAAAGAAGACAGGUUAAUGGUCAGAUCUAUGAAGAAUCAAGCUAAGGAUUCAUGUUUUUAAGGUGUUAUUGAGCUAUUAGAAAUUGAAUGAAUGCAAGGUUUAAUGCCCUGCUGUGGAACAUUCCAGGCAAAGAAAUAAUCUCCAUGGAGACAAGCAAUUAGCAGACCUUAGAAGUUACACAAUGCACCUUUAUGUAAUAUUUUUGAGUGUUGAUACUUGUUCAAAUGAGUAUCUAGUUUUGAUGCUAGUUUUGGUAUCAGAUUUUUUAUACUUUGACCACCCUUCUUGUAACACUGAGCUUGCCCCCUCACACUACGCUGGAGCUGACCCGUGCAAUAUCCGCUCCCGUGGGCAGCUCUCGGCCUGAUGUCAGAGCUCUGCUUCACUGUGAUCCUGCCAAAUCCUUCUGCUUCAUCUGGACCGGCCUCGUACCACACUGCCACCAGGGGGCAGUGCAGCGUAACGAGACACGAGGGCUCUGCCUGAAGAGAACAGCACACAAUGAAGGACACCACAGAAGAAGUGGAGACAGUGAAUGUUUACGACUCAUAGGUUUUGUCAUUGUGUGUGUGGAUAUAUUUGUAAUACUGUAAUAAAAUUAAUAAAAAUAUGGAGUCAAUA